CUCUCUUCCCUCGCCUAAUUUCUUCUUCAUUUCCAUGGUGCUCUCUUCAUUAUUAUUCUCCACUCCAACUGAUUUCUCAAAGUAGCUGUACAGUUAAAAGCCAAGGCAAAAAAGGAAAGAUGAACCAGUGUGCAAUCCAACAAAGCGAAAUCGGAAGCAGCCUUGGCGAGAUACGGAGCUCCUUUUCCGUUUCGGUUAUGGUUGCGGAGCGGAAAGAGACCAUGGUUUGCCCGAAACCACGUCGUUUAGGUCUCUUGAACACUCCCUUCAAGGACUACCCUGUUAGGUCCCCCAGAUGGCAGCUUUGCCAUCAAGCGGAGGUUUAUGAUUCAAAAGGAGGGAGUGAUGUUUUGGAUAUGAUUCUUAUCAAGGGUGGAAGUGGAGUGGAACAAACUUGUACAGACAUAGGGUCGUCGCCCCCAUUUUUUUGUGGGCCGCCGCCGAGCAGAGUAUCUAACCCGCUAAUACAGGAUGCCCAAUUUGGAGACGAGAAGGCUAUAACCCCGCUGUCUCCGUCGUCUCCAUCAUCCUCUUCAAGGAAAGGAAGCUGUGUCCGGGCAAAUUUUGGUAACAAACCAGCUGUGAGAGUUGAGGGGUUCGAUUGCCUUGAUAGGGAUCGUCGAAAUUGCCGUAUCUCUGCACUGGCAUAGAACCCCAUUUCAAUCCUAAAAAAACAGUACAUAGAUAUGAACCGAAAGGUGCUUAAUAAUGUGACUUUUAAAGCAGAGAAGGGAGAGAAAAAUGAGAGGAACCCUUUUGUUGGUAUGUAAAUAUGCUUGUGAGGGGUUCCUUUAAUCCUUUCAAUGUAAAUGAUGGUGUCUUGUCUUG